AUGCGGAUUUUACCUCUACUCAGGGGACGUACCGUAACCCUGGAGGAAGCCCUUCUCGAAGAUGACCACAUUUUGCAUCAUUUGGAGCACCCCAAGAAGAAGGAGAAGUUUUGGGAGCUGUUGGGCACUCACAAAAGUGACAUUGAAGAAGCUGUUAAAUUCCAUCUCCGUAUCGAGGGUUGCUGUGUUACAGAAGAAAAAGAAUGGCAGUCUGGCAGCUUUAACGUUGUUAUUCCCGUAAUCCUCAGCCCACCUUCUGAAGAGCGAGUAAUGAUUCGAAUUCCUUUACCAUAUAAGAUCGGAGGGGAGCUAAACCCUGGAAAUGUGGAGAAGCUACGAGGUGAGGUAGCAACAUACAUUUGGAUCCAUGAGAAUUGCCCCACCGUUCCUAUCCCAACUCUGCAUGGUUUUGCGUUUCUUGACGGAACAACUCCUAGUUUGCGGAGCCAUCUUGCGUAUCUUUUGCCGAACAUCUUCAAUGGUACUCAAAUCGUACCGUACCUUCAGGCUCACUCAAGGCUGCCAGCAUCUUGCCCAUAUGUGAAAUUAAAGCAUCUAAGCCCAAUCAAGACUGGAUACAUGAUUAUAAGCUAUGUGAAAACCGGCCGUAUUCUGUCCGGGGAUUGGAAGUCCAUUUUGCAUGAUACCUCACGGCGGCGGACACUUUUUAAUGACCUUGGUAGAAUAAUGGUUGCGCUGAACAGCAUUCCGCUACCUCGAAUUGGCUCUCUCUCCAUGAAUAAUGACGGUGUUAUUGAUGUAACGAAUCGACCUCUGACACUUCGACUUCACACAAUGGAAAAUGAAGGCAUUCCAAUAAUCCCGCGGGUUUCAACUUAUGAGUCUAUAGAACCAUAUCUUCUGGACUUCUUACAAUGUCAUGACAACCGCAUUCAUUACCAGCCCAAUGCCGUUCAUGAUCAUAACGAUGGGAUAAUGCAAUGCUCUUCUUUGGUCAUGAUGCGUGGUGUCAUGCAUCAAUAUCUAUCCCGUCAGCACCGCAAUGGGCCGUUUCUGCUGACACUAACAGAUCUCCACGCAAGCAACAUAUUUGUGGAUGAGGACUGGCACAUUACUUCUCUCAUUGACUUGGAAUGGGCUUGCUCGUUCCCAGUUGAGAUGCAAAUACCUCCUUACUGGAUCACUUGCCAGGCUAUUGACUUGAUGGGAAGCAAAGAGCAACUUGAGGAAUUCACUGCGGUAAUCACGGAAUUUAUGGACACCUUCGAAGAGUAA